AUGUCGUCCUCACUAACUUAUGAGGCCCACCGUUAUGGAAAAGACCAUGAGCUGCAGAGAGUAGGCGUCUGGACAUUGCCAGACACGGGGUCGCAAAGCAAAGAGCCUUGGAUCAUUUACAUUCAUGGCGGCGCAUGGAGGGACUUUCGCAUCGACCACAAGACCUUUGGCCCUACCAUUGACGCCACCUCUUCGUCUCCCGCCUUUGCGGGAUUUGCUUCCGUCGACUACCGGCUAAGCCCGCACCCCAGCUUCCCCCAGGACCCCGCCACCACGCCCGCGGAAGAGUACCGCAACGCCCGGCACCCGGACCACAUUUGCGACGUGUGGUCGGCGCUGGCCUUUUUGCAGGGCCGGUACGGCUUUGGCAGCAAUUAUGUGCUCGUCGGCCACUCGGCGGGUGCCACGCUGGCCCUGCAGCUGCUCAUGGGCGCGACGGCGCUGCGGGGCUCGGCACCCCCGGCCGACGCGGCGCUGCCCCGGGCCAUUGUCGGCCUCGAGGGUAUUUACGAUCUGCAGGGACUGGUGGACAGGCUCGGCCCCGCGUAUGGGGAGCUCUUUGAGGGCGCCUUUGGCGGGCCCGAGACAUGGGCUCAUGUCUCGCCGCUGCGGUUCCAGGGCGACUUUGGCGGCAGGGGCUGGAAGGCUGGGGAGCUGGUUGUCUUGGGUUGGGGCCCCCAGGAUGAGCUCAUUGAUGAGCCCGAGAUUGACGGCAUGGCGAGACGGCUCGAGAAGGACAAGGUUCGAAUGCUCGUGCUCAAGGACCUCGAGGGGACGCAUGAUGGCAUGUGGGAGGAUGGUCGACCUUUUGCUGAUGUAGUGCUCAAGACCCUUGCCGAGCUAAAGAGGUAG